GACACGGGAAAUAGAACAAGCUAGAUAACUGAUCAUGAACGACCUAUAAAUAAGUUUAUGUAAAGAAGUGAUGAAAUAAAUGAUCUCCACUUUGACUUAAGUCGUGUGACAUACAAAGGAAAAUAAUAAAUGGCUGUUUAUCUUGACCAGAUUUUCCCAUCUCGGAAGGAUAUUGCUAUUGAUUUUGCCAUCCAUUCGUAUUCCAUUGGAACAAACUUCGUUGUCCAUCUAUAAAAUGAAUAUAUUGCCUACACAGAGGGAAGAAAUUCUGAACUCCUCCGUAAUCAUCCUUUAUUGCUGCUCCUAGGCGAAACCUCCCACUCAAAUCAAAGAGGGCGAGAGGCAAGAAGCCAUCAUAACAAUUGAUUUCAAGGUUACAAUGCAACCUGUUGUUUGUCAAACUACUCAAGCUCAACAACUUCUAUUUUUACUUUUGCUUUAGAAAAGAUCCCUUGCAUAGAUCAGCUGUUUUCAGCCUCACUUUAUUUAUUGGUGUCAUCAGAUCCCACAUCUAUAUUUCCUCUGGGAGAUAGUCUACACGCCGCCUUUGUUUAGGAUGUGGAUUUGGAUGCAUUAACUUACUAGUGAGCAGGUGGUUUUUUUUUAUAGUUACGACAUAUAAAUAGAGGUUCCUACAUGGCUACUACUUUAAUUGAUUUACCUAGCGAAAAGGCAUCGUGAAUUUCAAUAAAAUGGAAAAAAUAUUCGGUUUUGCCUACUGUUCAGUUAUUUUACUCUUCGUCCCUGCGUCUUAUUCAGUGGAAAUUUUAAAGAUAGACUUCAAGAUUUCGGAAGAAAGGUGCCUAAGAGGAAAGGCGAUCCGGAAUUUUAUUCUUCAUUUGAAAUGUCAGAAAAAUGUGAUUGUGAAUUCAGAGAACGGGAUUGAAGACUCGUGUAUUGUGAGACCAUUUCAUGGUGAAACUGUCAGCAACAGUUAUCUCGGAGCUGAUAAUGCUUCUGUAGAAAGUAUCUGCAAAAUGAAACCAGAAGCAAGAUCUCAAACAGCACUGUGCCUGAAUAUAUCGGGAGACUGCAGCGAUGUCAAACACGUAAUCGAUAAAAGUCCGUCCAUGUUGCACAAAAAUCAAACAGAUCUGCUGUCUUUGACGCUUAUGCAAUACAAUCCUUUACGUUUAAAAAAUACACCGCAAAAUAUCUUCGACAUUUACAACAUAUUCCUUGAAGUUGAUUCAUAUGAUGCCAAUUGCCAUACACAGUUAGACUGUUCCUGGUCGCUCCACAAUGCGCAAUGGUCUAAUUGGACUAGGUAUCCUUUCGAUACUCCCGAACAAGAAAUUACCUUCACUGGGUCUGAAAAUGGUUACUUGGAAUCACCUGUUAUUACUGGUUCCGCUGGGAAUACGUGUUUGACAUGGAAUUCAAAGGGAUUUGGAAACAUUUCACUCCAAGCGACGUCAAUUGAUUCUCAGAAAGUUUUAUCCUUUAAAAAUUUUAACAUCGAAAGCAAGGAGAAGCAGGGACACGUUUGGGACUUUGGAAAAAUUGACGUUGCAUUCAUCGUGCGCUUCAGACUAAUUGAAAGUAGCAGUUAUUUCAUCAGUGUCGCCGAUGUUGCUUUUACCGAUUGCAAAAGAGAUUCCUAUAGAAACUGUUCCUUUGAGACGCCCUUACCCUGCCCGUUGGUGGAGACAUACCACGGAUGUAGCCUUGUUCGUACCAAAGGGGAUCCUCACAAAGACAUUGAAGAAUGGAUGCUUCUGACAAGAAAAGACUACUGUAAGAACAAUAAUGUGUUCACGGCAUCCUUUACGACCGUUACAUUCCCACCUGUGCUAGGAAGCAAUAUUUGUUAUAUACACUUGACAACGUAUGGGAAUUUACGCUGGCAUUGGAGAAUUUGUUUCCUCAACCAAAUGUGCAGCAACAGGACAAUACCUGGUGAAAUCAAUGCAACGCCUUCACUACAUCACUACGCAUAUCCUAUCUCAAAUGUAUCACAAAGGUUUAAGUUAGAGUUUAGCACUGUUCAUCUUGAUAGUAGGACUUUUCUAGGAGUAAUAAGGAUCGCAUUCUCAGAAUCAUGUUUUCCGAAUUCCAAUUCUUCAUCUACAACAGUGAUACCUCAAGACUUCGCACAGAGUACCGUACAAGGAGAACCCAGUACAUACAUGGUUGCCGCCAUUUUGAUUCUCUGUUUUCUAAUUCUGUUCAUAAUCCUGCUCGGAAUUGUUCGGAAAAGAAAACGUCUUUGCCUAAACUACAAAUCAACUGAUUCUCUAGACAACAAAGUAUCGAUACACGAUUUUCUGGCAUCCAAAUCAGUAGAGAAGACGUUGGAGGAUAUACUCACCGAGGGAAAUCCAAACUACCGUUGGUACAGCCAUCGGUUGUUGAAAGGAACGAUAGUGGAGAUAGACAAGUCCCAGAUUCAAAUCAACACCUUAUUAGGAAGAGGUGCUUUUGGAGAGGUAUUCAGAGGAAUUUUGCUCGGUAGAGAACGAAAUGGAAAUAAUACUGAUAUAGCCGUAAAGCGGUUAUCAAAAAGUGCAGAUGAACAAUCCCAAGACAAAUUUUUAUUGGAAGCUUUGAUAUUAUUCAAGUUUCAACACAAAAAUAUAGUGAAAUGUCUGGGAAUAUCCUCCUCUAAUGGGGGCUACAUGAUAUUGCUUGAACUUAUGUUGGGAGGAGACUUAAAAACAUUUCUACGAAAUACCAAAGAUAAACAGACCCAAAAGUCGACCUUGAAAGUGUCCGAGCUUCUAAGACUUGCGGGUGACAUAGCUUGUGGGUUAAACUAUUUGGAAUCUCUACAUUUCGUGCACAGGGAUGUGGCUGCCCGGAAUUGUCUACUGACAAACUUAGGACCCAAUAGAGUGGCUAAACUUGGAGAUUUCGGUUUGGCCAAAGACAUUUUAUUGCAUGACUAUUACCGGAAGGAAGGAACCGCACUACUUCCGAUACGGUGGAUGCCACCGGAAGCUUUCUUGGAGGGAUAUUUCUCCUCGAAAUCAGAUGUUUGGGCUUUUGGGGUGUUAAUGUGGGAAAUAUUCACGUCCGGAUUUAUCCCUUAUCCUGGUCUACAAAAUAACGAUGUGAUGACAUUCGUUAGGAAAGGGGGACGACUCGAAAUCCCUGCCAUUUGUCCUCAGUCAAUAUAUGAUUUAAUGUGUUGGUGCUGGCAAAACGAUACAGUUGAGAGACCAUCUUUCCAAACAAUUUAUAAGUUUUUAGUGAUUACACACAAGAAAUUUCAGAGCGAGGAGUGCUUAUCUAAUGACCAAUGUAAUGAGGAUAGAUCGUCUCCACGUUAUUGUUCCAAAGUUUUCAAUGAAGAGGAAAGUUCGCCGUUAAUGCUCAUAGACGAAAUAUGCCGAGGAGGAAUGUGACUUGUUUAUAUGCCAGAUAUUCUUUAUUGCAUAAAGUUGCUUUAUAUGAUUCCUUGCCAAAUGGACCAUUUCCUUGGAAUGAUUCUGGAUCAUCACCAGAUUUGUAAUAUGAUGCGUGGACCUAGAGUUUUUUUCCCUGGAGGAUUGGGAUGGGGGCAAGGGA